AUGUAUGCUUUAUCUGAGGAUUUGGCAAUGCCAGAAAAGAGCCUUUUUGGGACAGAAACAGAGGUCGCAAUAUAUAGAAGUGAGUUGGGCGCUGGUGGCAUACUGCAAGACGAACAUGAAAAUAUGAAGUUUGCGUUUUCUGCUGAUUUGGGUAGGGGGACUAAUACACAGCUGGAGCUUCCGGCUUUAUUAAUGGGUUUACGUAAAUGUCGUGCUUUGGGUGUUGAUAACAUUAUUUUGGAGCUUGAUUCUUUCUUGGUGAUCAAUUGGCUGAAAGAUGGGAAGUGCCGCUUAUGGUAUCUAGAGGAUUUUUGGGAGGAAAUUAGUGGGAUUUUAUCAAGAAUAAAUUUUCGGUUUCAACAUGUGUUCAGGGAAGGAAAUAAAGCAAUAGAUUGUCUGGUUAGGAUGAGAAGUAGUGGAUGUAAUGAAGAAUGGUUUUCACUAGAGGACAUUCCAAUUUCGCUUAAGGGAAUCCUUCGGACUGAUCGCAGUGGCUUAACUUAUUUGCGUAAGUCUAAGAAAGUUGGGUGA